CGACAAGCGCGAUGAAGGCCGGCGCGACCACCGGACGCUGCUGGUCGUGCUCCAGAGCAUGCUCGGCAUGGAGAUCACGAUCGAGCUCAAGACGGAGCACGUGCUCACGGGCAUGGUCGAGGAAGUGAGCCAAGGCAUGGACGUGCGCUUGAGCCACGUGCGCCAAGUCGGACCCACGGGAAAGGUGCUGGACCUCGACGAGCUCUUUGUGAUGGGCCGAAUGAUCCUCUACGUGCACAUCCCCGACCGGAUUCACAUCAACACGCACAUGAAGGACUACGUGCACAUGGUUGAGCGCAACAAGAAGAUGUACAAGCGCGCGGUGCGCAAGCCGACACUGGUCAAGCCAAACACAUAAUUUUUACGCAAGUUAUUCAUCCAGA